GUACGAACCAUCCGGAAAACGACCCACAAACGGGAUCAUGGCCCACCGGAUAUGUGAUUUUCAACAUUUGGCAAACCGAAUAAGGAGAAAUACCGAUAUGAUCAUUUGACGCGUCAGAGUAUGAUUCAUACACAGGUGAUCAUAACUCAGAACUUGUACCAGAGCAGGUUUCUCAGCCUAGCAGCCAUGGCCUCCCCAUCUCGCGUCUCUCAGAACCGCCGGCGCUGCAAGGACCCAAUCCGACACAGCUACAACCCCGAACAGUUCCAGAACCUCAACUUCCAGAACGGCGUUCCAGAAGACCUGGUGGCCACGCCGCGCUCCACCAGUGACACAGACCUGGUUACCUCCCACUGCCGCUCCACACUCACUGCCAGCUCCUCCCACUAUGCCAUCGGCCAAUCCCAGGACAUCACCAUCUGCUGGGACAUCAAGGAGGAAGUGGACGCUGGGGACUGGAUUGGCAUGUACCUGAUAGAUGAGGUGUUAUCUGAGAAUUUUCUGGACUACAAGAACCGUGGUGUCAACGGGUCUCACAAAGGGCAGAUUGUGUGGAAGAUCGAAGCCAACUCAAACUUUGUUGAACCUGAGACCAAGGUGUGUUUUAAGUACUACCAUGGAGUGAGCGGGGAGCUGAGAGCCACAACCCCCAGUGUCACUGUCAAGAACCCCUCCGCACCGGUGUUCAAGCCCGCCAGUAGCGAGGAAAUACCCCAGACUCAGGGGCGCAGACGCCUCAUCAACUUCUCCAUAUCAGUGUGUGAUAACAAGCUGUCCCUCCUUCUAGAUGAUGAAGACCUCUCCCUCAGCACAGAGUGUGCUGCUGUCCCAACAGUCCAGGCGGGGGCCCAGUCCUCGCAGGCCGGCGAGCCCGCCGAGGACACCCUCAGCCUGGGUCCCGGAGCUCCCGACCUCCCCUUGGACGAGGAGGAUUGUGGAGCUUCGGGGCUACCCAUGGAGGGGGUCGUGGAGGGUUUGGUCGAGGAUCCAGGGCCCUUGGACCAGGCCAGAGUCAGAGCCCCAGGUGUGGGGUGCUGCGGGGCCGAGGGUAUGCAGGAAGGACCACAACCCAGCCAGGUGGAGGUGAACCAAGCCCGGGGAGAGGAGAGGGGAGGUGGGGCAGGAGGAGGGAGCGCUGGGGAGACACUACCCACUGUGGAGGAGACUAGUGAGGAAGGGGGGCUUCAGACGCCCUCCACCCCACAGCCGGGCCCGGAGGAGGGGAAGACAGUCGGUGAGGACAUGGGGGCCACAGGGCCCCAGGAGGGGGCAGAGAGGGCCCGGGCGGAGGGGCAGGUGGGGCCGUCGGCGCCCCAUAGGGCAGCGGAGGUCGACAUGGAGGUGGGAAGCGAGUCUGGAGGCCAGGUGGGGACGGGCGAGGAUGAGGAGGAGGGCGGGGAAGAAGGCUGCUCCCUGCGCAUUCGGACCACGCCCAGACGCAAGAACCGGCCCUGCUCGCUGCCCGUGUCCCAGCUGGAGACAGUGAUCGCCUCGGCGUGCGGCGAGCCUGAGACGCCGCGCUCGCACUACAUCCGCAUCCACCGGCUGCUGCACAGCCUGCCCUCGGCCCAGGCCCAGCCGGAGGGCAUGGAGGACGGGGAAGGAGACACAGGCGAGGCCCAGGAUCCAGAAGCAGGCACCAACGGCCUACCUGAUGACAAUCACAGAGACCCAGACCCGGACCCUGACCCCGACCCAGAGCUGAGCCCCAGGCAAGCAGAUGGAUCUGAGGAGGACGACAAGUUGUGUGAGCCCCUGAGCCCUGGGCCCAGACGGACCCUCCCUCGCAGUCUCUCCAUGGAGCGUCUGUCCGACCUGGCCUCGCUGCUGGACAGCGAGGGGCGCCACCCCCAGGGGCAGGUCAGAGGUCACAGGGGGAUCGAGGACGAGGAGGAAGACGAGGAGGAUGAGCCCUGCUGCAGUAACUCCUGCUACGGCCGGGGCUACGUGCGAGAGCCAGGCCUGUCACUGGGCUCUGCGAGGAGGUCGGAGGGGGGCAGCGCCUUCUCCUCUCAGGAGAAGGAGGAGGAGGAGAUGGAGGUGGGCGGGGCCGAGGGGAGGGAGCCUGGCGACGGGUCGCCGCAGUGGCAGGAAGCCCCUCCCACGCACGUCCAGAGCCCGCAAGGCUUCAUGGGAAAUGGAGAGUCGCCAGUGGCGGGGGCCAGUGGCGGGAAAGGACGAGAUUGCCCACUACCAUCCAGCCACCCUGCGGUCAGUCAGCUGCCAGCUCUGAGACCAGACCCUCACCACUACCCCACCAUCGAUGAACCACUGCCUCCAAACUGGGAGGCGCGUGUGGACAGCCACGGACGCGUGUUCUACGUGGAUCACAUCAACAGGACGACCACUUGGCAGAGACCCACCACUGCUGCCACCCCUGACGGCAUGAGGAGGUCGGGCUCUGUCCAGCAGAUGGAGCAACUGAACCGCAGGUACCAGAGCAUUCAGAGGACCAUGGCCACAGACAGCGGGGUGGAGGGAGAGCCAGAAGAGGAGGAUGGUGGAGCAGGAGGCCAGAGUGGUGAGAUAGCGGUCAACAGCAACAGCAGCAGUGAGACAGACACGCCGCCUGUGGUCGACAACGGUACUGCAGAGGGGAGGAGGGAGGGCUCUACCUCCCCAGUCAACAGUCAGAAGAUCACUGCCCUCCUCCAGAGUCCUGCUGUCAAGUUCAUCACACACCCAGAAUUCUUCACCAUCUUGCACGCCAACUACGGAGCCUACAGGAUGUUCACCAACAGCACCUGCCUGAAGCACAUGAUCCUCAAGGUGAGACGGGACGCCAGGAACUUUGAACGCUACCAGCACAACCGCGACCUGGUGACCUUCCUCAACCGCUUCACUGACAGCCAGCUGGAGCUGCCGCGGGGCUGGGAGAUCAAGACCGACCCCCAGGGGAAGAACUUCUUUGUGGACCACAACAGCCGUGCGACCACCUUCAUCGACCCCCGGAUCCCCCUGCAGAACGGCCGGCUGCCCAACCACCUGACCCACCGACAGCACCUGCAGAGGCUCCGCAGCUACAGCGCUGGAGAGGCGUCGGAGGUGUCUCGUAGUCGCGGCGUGGCCUUGCUGUCCCGUCCGGGGAACAGUGUGGUGGCUGCCAUACGCAGCCAGCACCAACAGGACGCCGUGCCUCAAGCCUAUAAUGACAAGAUCGUGGCCUUCCUUCGCCAGUCAGGGAUCCUAGAGAUCCUGACAGAACGACAGCCUGGCCUGUCCAAAAACCACUCCCUCAGGGAAAAGAUCCAUUACAUCCGGACCGAGGGAACCCAGCGCCUGGAGAAGCUGUCAUGUGACGCUGAUCUGGUCAUCCUGCUGAGCUUGUUUGAGGAGGACAUCAUGUCCUACAUCCCUCCGUCCUUCCAUCCUGGCUUCAGUUUCUCUCCUCGCUGCUCCCCUGGCUCCUCACCUCACAACUCACCAGGGACUCAGAGGGCCAGGGCCCCGGCCCCUUACAGGAGAGACUUUGAAGCCAAGCUACGGAACUUCUACAGGAAGCUGGAGGCUAAGGGCUACGGCCAGGGCCCCGGCAAGAUCAAGCUGAUUGUGAGGAGGGACCACCUGCUGGAGGGUACCUUCAACCAGGUGAUGGCCUACUCCCGCAAGGAGCUGCAGAGGAACAAGCUCUACAUCACCUUCAUAGGAGAGGAGGGCUUGGACUACAGCGGCCCUUCUAGAGAGUUCUUCUUCCUGCUCUCCCAGGAGCUCUUCAACCCUUACUACGGCCUGUUCGAGUACUCGGCCAACGACACCUACACUGUCCAGAUCAGCCCCAUGGCCGCCUUUGUAGAGAACCAUCUGGAAUGGUUUCGUUUCAGUGGUCGUAUUUUGGGCCUGGCUCUGAUCCACCAGUACCUUCUUGAUGCCUUUUUCACACGGCCCUUCUACAAGGCUCUACUCCGACUAGCCACCGACCUGAGUGAUCUAGAAUACCUGGAUGAGGAGUUCCACCAGAGCCUUCAGUGGAUGAAGGACAAUGACAUUACGGACGUUCUAGAACUCACCUUCACUGUCAACGAGGAAGUGUUUGGACAGGUGACGGAGCGUGAGCUGAAAUCUGGAGGGGCCAAUGUGACAGUGACAGAGAAGAACAAGAAGGAGUACAUAGAGCGCAUGGUGAAGUGGAGGGUGGAAAGAGGGGUGGUGCAGCAGACAGAGGCUCUGGUCAGGGGCUUCUAUGAGGUGGUGGACUCCAGGCUGGUGUCUGUGUUUGACGCCAGAGAGCUGGAGCUGGUGAUCGCUGGCACGGCAGAGAUCGACCUGAUAGACUGGAGGAACAACACAGAGUACAGAGGAGGUUACCAUGACGGUCACAUCGUGAUCAGGUGGUUCUGGGGCGCCGUGGAGCGCUUCAACAACGAGCAGAGGCUCCGCCUCCUCCAGUUCGUCACGGGGACGUCGAGCGUUCCGUACGAGGGCUUCACCGCCCUGAGGGGCAGCAACGGCCUCCGUCGCUUCUGCAUCGAAAAGUGGGGGAAGAUUACAGCCCUCCCCAGGGCUCACACGUGUUUCAACCGCCUGGAUCUCCCUCCCUACCCCUCCUACACCAUGCUGUACGAGAAGCUGCUGAUCGCUGUGGAGGAGACCAGCACCUUCGGCCUGGAAUGAGCGAGGGGAGGGGAUGGGAGGGGACAGACUCUGGACAGAGGACAACAGAAGUGAGUUGGAGGAGCACGGACCCCAAGGAGCCUGUUACUCCAAAACAGGAAACUCCUGAACACAGUCCAGACUCUACGAAGGGACUCCAGGGUGGAACCUUUUUAUACCCAGUUCACGUUCUCAUUUUGAAUCAACCUGUGAACACAUGUACAAUCUCUAAGCCAAUGGAUGUAAACGUACACUUGUACAGUCCUAACCAAUGGAAAAGCCAACCACCGCAUGCAUUAAUACUUAACUCCUACACUACAGUAGGCUUUUACCUUACCUUCUUUUGAUUGGAUGUUGCAUUAACGAACCAAGCUCUCGUUAUGGCCAUAGCCUAUCAGCACUCAGGGCCUAGAUUCUCACCUCAUCACCAACCAAUAGGCUAAGGUCUUGUCUCUCUCAUAUACACACUGGCCCCUGCAAUAGUGGCCAUCAGCCAGCAUAAUCACAACCAUGUUCUCCCCUAAACAUGAUAUUAUCACCAUGACCUAACAUAAGAAUGCCUCAAAUACUUGUCACCCCACUGCGGUCAGUGAGACUCUGCCAAACUGGUUUUCCAACUGUGCCAGUGAUGAUUUUGCUGUUAAAUACUGUGACAUCAUCACAGGAAGAUGGUCCGCAGGUCCAGCUGUUUUCAAAUUCAAAAUGGCUGCUGGGGUCAUGUCUAAUGAUAACCAAAGCCUGAUAUAUCAUUCAUUAAAGACAGAAAGCGCCAUAUGUUACUAUCACUAUGUGGACGUUUGUAGUCUUCUAUCAUUGGAGGUUCAUGGGACCUUCUCACAUUGAUUGAUUGUUGAUUCUGCGUUUUACAAAUUUUUGGAAAUUAUUUGCAGAACUGUUGAGAAAAUAUGGACAUUUUACAUUUUACAAAUACACCGUUAUGAACGUUGAUGUUAGUUAUGCUAGAGUACACACACAUUGUUACGUUUGAUAGAGAAGUCACUACACAAUGCAUUGUAUUUUACUGUAACCGUGGGUGGUAACUCAUGAGUAUGUUUGUCUGUUUUUCAGUUCCUUUCGUUCAGACUUUUCUUGUGACAGCCAAUUAAGUUGGUACAUGCUGCUCUUUCUGGUUUCAAUACAAGUGGUAAAUUAAUAUGAAUGUUUCAUUAUCAAAUGAUUGUUUUUUUUAAACACAAUUUGUUUUUACAUGUUUGUGACCAACAGAGAACUUUUUUUUUUUAAAUGUAAAGAAUGGAAAUACAGAAAUGUACUAUAUAAUUAUCUGUGAAAACAAACGUGUAUAAGAGAAAAAGGAAGGAUAAAGAGAGGAAGUCCAUGGCUGUAACUGUUAUUGUCAUCUGCCUGCAUAUUUCUUGCACCAACAGUAUAGCCAGUUGACACUGAAAGUACUGUAGAGAGUACUUUCAUUUGCCGACUAUUUGAACAAGAAUCCAUUUUAAGACUAUUUGAAAUGUAACCCUAUUCAAUUUAAAUUCCGGGACAUCGUUUGAAGGAGAUAUCCAGUACUUAACUAUUGAGUAACUUGUUGCUACGGAUACUGUGACGUAGCUGAUAUUACAUCGUCUAUUUUUGGCAUGAGCCGAGAUUCUGGGUGUUUAUAAACACAGACCUGUCAGUUCAGGUAUAUUGUCCCGAUUUGGCGCUGUUCAUUACUUUAUGAUAACGGAAAAGUUGACUUGUUCACAAAACUCCUGACAAAGACCAGGCAGAACAUCUGAACAGAAUCACAGCAUACAGCUUGAUUCAUGUUGACCAACUGUCAUUUAACCUAUUCACGUGCAUAGUCACAGUUAAUCGUUAUAUAUAUGAAUACUCAUCAUUGUUCAUGAUUUUCACCCAGAUUGUCCAUUAUCUGAUCAAUGUUUAUUUAUUUUUUUAAGUGUUUUUUGGGGGAAUGUAGUGUAUAGUUUAUUGUUGCUGGUAAAAUGACAAAGUUCUACUGUAAUAUAGAAUUUAUAUGAAAUUAUAAAAACGACUUUGUAUUUAACCAUUUAUAUACUAUACAUAAUAGGAUGCUGUUUUUCCAGAUAUGCAGUUAAUGACUGAAAAUCAUUUUUUUUUCUUUAUUUUCAAGUUUGAACAGUGUGCACUUUUGAAUAAGUUACAGUUGAAAUGUGUCUCAUGCUAUGCAUAUGUUGCAAAGAGAUCAAGCAAAUGCAAUUUAAAACAUCGAUCAGUUUUGCCUACUUUUAAGAUAUACUGUACUGUACCUCUUAUUUUAAAUGGACGUUAAAAGUAGUUUGCACAUUGUGGAGGUUGUACCAGUUCUGCUGCAGCGUCUGUCUUUGUCCUCCCUUAACUCUUCACGUCAUCUCCGGAGUUUCGAGAUCAGUUUUACUGACGACUUUCACCAUCUGACCGGCAGACAUGCAGUUUCAGACUGCAGUUUUUCUUUUCAAGGAUAGUACUGUUAACAAAUGUCAAUAAACAAUCACUUGGUAAUG